AUUACGGAUUUCGAAGAGAGUUGUAUGCAAGACGACUGAUACCGAAUAUAUCUGUUUUUACCCUUGUGUCGUGGUGUGUGAUUCGGUGGAAAGUCCCGGGUUUAACAUUUGGAAAGAGCGCUCAUGUCAGGGUUAACAUGGUUGCUACUGAUGUUUAUAUUGUAACGGUUGUUAUUUAAUGUCGGGGAUUUACACUCGCUUAAUAGAUGUUGGACUGUGUUAAUGAUAUGUUACAACAUACGCCAUUAUUAUAUCAUUCUUUACUUCAGCCAAUCACGCUGCCUCCUUGAUCUACCCAGCAAAAUUCUUGAACCGAGAACACGCCGUCACCCUCUACAGGGAUGUCAAAGUCGUUUCGCAGCUGAGGGGUGCCUGCAAUGCGUUUCAGAGGCAGGCCCGCGCUGCGCAGCCCACGCAAGAGGACCUUGUCAAUGCAAAUAAGUGGUUGCCAUGGGAUGAGGUGAUUCAUUGUGUGGACAUGCAGACAGAAAGAUUUGACAUGGCACGCUCACAGAGUGCCAAGGCUAGGGAGAGCAGGAAUCUGCUGUCGAUCGCGCUUUUCGUAUUGAUACCUCCUUCCAGAGGACAAGAGAUCCGGACACUGCGAAUUGCCCCGUCCGGUGACAGAGAACACGUCCAGGGACUGAAUUCAUUAGUCUUGAAUUCAGAUGGCACCCUCAUGUUCAGAUUCGAGGAUUACAAAACAUAUGGCUCUCAUGGGGUUGAUGUCACAAAUUUGCCAGAAGAUCACAGAUUGAACGUCAUCAUAAGGGAAUAUCUGGACAAAUACAGAGAUAUUCUUCUCGACGCCUCUGACGAUGGCACAACCAACAAUUUUCUUCUCCUGACAGAUAAAGGAAAACCCUUUAGUGGUCCCGCAUUCUCAACCCACAUGAAGUCUGUCUUUUACCACCUAACAGGAGUGAGUGUCAACUUGCACCUUCUGAGAAGCUCCUUCGUGACUUAUUGUUAUGGGGACAGCCAGUGCACCGACGCAAUGAAAGACAGUUUGGCGUCGGCCUUGAGACACACAAGGAAGCAAGCUCAACUCACAUAUGACCGUAGAAAUUCCAGCGAAAAGAAGAGUUUGGCUGUCAGCCUUGCUUCAGAAUUAGCAGAAAAUACAAUCGAGUCACUAUCAGCUCAGCCGUCCGACAGAAAUGCAGGGCUUGAUGAAGGUAGCUGGGUUGCUCUCACAGUAGAAGGCAGCACUCUGGCAAAUCCGAACAUUCUGCUAGCUAGAAUUCAGAACCUCAUGCCCGGUAGAAAGGCUUCGCUACUGUGGUUCAAGGCCACUGCGGAAAAAGGCCUGUACGCUUUUCACUACGAUGAAGCCAGCUGGAUAGAAAGCGUAGAUGCCUUAGUUCCCGUCCAAGUGAAAGAGAUUAAAAACUCUCCCGGCCUCUACAAAUUGACCACAUCAUUGAAAAAAAUACACAGGGCGGUCUUAGGGAACAACUGA